GAAUAAAAAAUAUUGAGAUCCAAAGCUAUACUAUCUCCCAUUAUUCCUCAUACUGCUAUCAUCAUGUCAUUGUUUUGUUUGUUAUAUAUACACUCAUCAUCACACACAUUUGUAGAGCUCUCUCUCAACGUCCCUUUCUUGUUGCAAGACUUUCCCACUAUAUAAUUCCUGAAUUUGACAAACCCAUCUCAGAUCUGGCUCAAGCCCAUCUUUCAGUUUCUGUGAAGGUUCGUGUAUUUAUUUUUAGAACUUUUUAAGUUGUGUAUGCGCAUGCCUUGGGCACAAAGAUAGAACCAUACUUUUUAAAUUAAUGUGAAAGGAUCUUAAUGAGAUUUCUUCACUCAAUGAUUACCUGUUGUUAGAUCCCAUUGUGAAUCUAAAAAAUAUCAGUCGAAACUAUAAGCACUUUUUAGAGGGUGCUAAUAUUGCUUAAACUAUGAGGGGAAGAUCAGACGGAUCAAAGAAAAAGCGGUUGACUUAUGUAGGUGUAGUGGCAGUCGUUCUUCUUUUUCUUUAUUUAUAUUUUCACUCGCGGAGCGACGGUGAAUCAGCUUUGGAGUAUGGAAGCCGAUCUUUAAAGAAAUUUGGAUCAUCUUACUUGGGUAGUGAGGAAGAUGCUGAUCUUGGCAAGGAUGAAGUUUCUUUUAAGUUAGGGCUGGAUGAUGGAGAAGAUGGCAUUGUACCAAAGAGCUUCCCUGUUUGUGAUGAUCGACAUUCAGAACUGAUUCCCUGCCUAGACAGGAAUCUUAUAUACCAAACAAGACUCAAGUUGGAUCUUUCUCUGAUGGAACACUAUGAACGACAUUGCCCUAUGCCUGAAAGACGUUUUAAUUGCUUAAUUCCGCCUCCUCCAGGGUAUAAGAUUCCAAUCAAGUGGCCACUGAGUAGGGAUGAGGUGUGGAAAGCAAACAUACCUCACACUCACCUUGCAAAAGAGAAGUCUGAUCAGAACUGGAUGGUUGUCCGCGGUGAGAAGAUUGUAUUCCCAGGUGGAGGCACACAUUUUCACUCUGGAGCUGAUAAGUACAUCAGAUCGCUUGCUAAUAUGCUCAAAUUUCAAUACAAUAAAAUAAACAAUAAGGGAAGAUUGCGAACAGUAUUGGAUAUUGGUUGUGGUGUUGCAAGCUUUGGAGCCUAUCUUUUAAAAUAUGAUGUACUUACCAUGUCUGUCGCACCUAAUGAUGUGCACCAGAAUCAAAUUCAGUUUGCUCUGGAGAGAGGAAUUCCCGCAUAUCUUGGUGUUUUAGGAACUCAGAGGCUUCCCUAUCCUAGUAGAUCCUUUGAACUUGCACACUGUUCUCGUUGUAGAAUAGAUUGGCUGCAAAGGGAUGGAAUCCUUCUCCUCGAGUUAGAUAGAUUGUUAAGACCUGGAGGCUACUUUGCAUACUCUUCGCCUGAAGCAUAUGCACAAGAUGAAGAGGAUCUUAGAAUAUGGAGAGAGAUGAGUGCACUUGUGGAACGCAUGUGUUGGAAAAUAGCUGAAAAGAGGAACCAAACUGUCAUAUGGGUUAAGCCUUUAAAUAACGACUGUUACAUGGAAAGAGAGCCUGGUACCCAGCCUCCUCUUUGCAAAUCUGAUGAAGAUCCUGAUGCAACUUGGGGUGUAUCAAUGGAAGCAUGCAUCACCCCGUACUCUGAUCAUGAUCAUAGAGCUGGAGGAAGUGGACUGGCACCUUGGCCAGCACGUUCAACUGCUCCCCCUCCACGUCUUGCUGACUUUGGCUAUUCCAAGGACAUGUUUGAGAAGGACACGGAAAUUUGGCACCAUAGGGUUGAGAAUUACUGGAAUCUAUUAAGUCCAAAGAUUUCGUCCGACACAAUUCGUAAUGUGAUGGACAUGAAGGCCAACAUGGGUUCAUUUGCAGCUGCAUUGAAGACCAAGGAUGUUUGGGUGAUGAAUAUUGUCUCUGAAGAGGGACCGAACACACUCAAGCUGGUCUACGACAGAGGCCUGAUUGGCUCGAUUCAUGAUUGGUGUGAAGCCUACUCAACAUACCCUAGAACGUAUGACCUUCUCCAUGCCUGGACUGUGUUUUCUGACAUUGAGAAGAAAGGUUGCAGUGGCGAAGAUCUUUUAAUUGAGAUGGAUCGCAUCCUCAGGCCAACUGGUUUUAUUAUUAUACGGGAUAAACAACAUGUUAUCGAUUUUGUUAAGAAGUAUCUAACAGCUUUGCACUGGGAAGCAGUGACAACCGUGGAUGCCUCUACAGAGUUGGACCAAGACGGAGACGAGGUUGUAUUUGUUGUCCAAAAGAAGUUGUGGCUCACAGCUGAAAGCCUCAGGAAUACAGAGUAAAGAUAGACGUGCAGUUCAGUGGUCGUGUCUUGUUCAAAGUUAUACUCAUACAAUUCUCAUAGACCUGAGAAGCAGGCUGAAAGAGUUACAUGGGGUUAUGAAAUUUAAUUUUGUAGUAUUACAAAACAUAUGUUGUUUCACAUGUUACCUUUUUUGUUCCCUUAAUUAAUUACAAAUUCUGAGAAAGAUGAUUAUAUAUAGUCCACCAGAAGCAAUAUAAAUAGGUAGUUCUCCAUUGUUUUCA